CAUCUCUUCAUCUUAAGCAUGUUUGGAGGACAGCAGUCGUCGAGCCCGUCUCAAGGCAUUCGGCUGACCUUCAUAACGCAAUCUGAUCAAUCCAAGUUUGAAUCCUUGUUCUCCCGAGCAAUCGCCGGAACUGGUAGCCAAAACUUGUCUGCUGACGCUGCACGAAAUAUCCUGAUGAGGAGUCAAAUCGACAAUCAUACCUUGGCACAAAUAUGGGAUCUAUCUAAUGUAACCAAUACACCUGAGCUGACCUUUCCAGAGUUUGCGGUAGCGAUGUAUUUGACUUCAUUGAAGCUGACUGGCAAACAAGUCCCAUCUUCGCUACCAGCUAAAAUUAAAGAGGAGCUCGAUGUUGCCGUGGCUACCUUGCAAUCGAAUACACCCAUUCCAGCCAAGUAUCAGCAGCCUAUGCCCACAGGAAUGAAUUUCCAAACCCCAAUGAUGACCGGUAUGCAAAUGCAGCAGCCUAUGAUGACAGGAAUGCCUAUGCAACUACCCAUGAGGACAGGAAUGCCUAUGCAGCAGCCGAUGCAAACUGGUGCUCCUAUGAUGCAACAGCCAAUGGCUACCGGCCUCAAUAGACUUCGCCCUGUAGCACCCACUGUUCCACCGCUUCUUCCAUUGUCUGUCACAUCCGGGCGAUUUGGACAAAAUGGCAAUGACAAGCCGCGGGUUCAGAACAAUCAAUUUGCAAACAUGAUGAUGCCUUCAAACAACAGCUCAAGUUUCAGUGGUAACCAAGGCAUCGCUGUCGGAGGUGGCAAUGGAAUGAGCUCAGAGGAGCGCCAGCGAUACUAUGACAUCUUCAAUGCUUGGGACGUUACCGGCAGUGGAUUUUUGCCUGGUCAAAAAGCAAGAGAAAUUUUUGCUCAAUCUGGCUUACAACAAAAUGAGUUGAUGAAGAUUUGGGCACUUGCUGACUACGACGAUAAGGGACAAUUGGAUAUCGAAGAAUUCGCCAUUGCCAUGCAUCUAAUCUUCCGACGCAUGAAUGGCCUUGAUAUACCCAACACUUUACCUCCAGAGUUAACCCCGAUGUCGAGUACUCUCAAGAAGUUUAUUGUUGGUGGCUCUCAACAAAGACAAGCUAGUCCUGUUCAAGCUAAUCAAAGGAGUAGCCCUGUUGCCAAUAGAGGUCGCUUUGAAAGACAACAAAGCGAAGAGAAUGGUGGUUACAUUUCCAACGCUCGCAGAAGAAACCAGAACCGAGUUCAACUAGGAUCGCGCCGCUACGAAGAAGACGAAGAAGAUUUCGAUGAAGACGAUGAAACGGCAGAGCUUCGUAACCAAAUUGCCGAUAUGAAAGGUGCUUUGGACAUUCUCAACAGUAGUAGUAAAAGCACCAGCAAAUCUACCGGAUCCUCUUACGCCGAUCAAAGGGCCGUUGAAGACCUGAAGAAACGUAUUAGAACAGCACAAAAUGAUCUUGUACGUGCUUGUGAACUUGAUAGCACUCUUUCCCGGUACCUCUUGAGUAUGGACGAAUCUACCCGUCUUCAAAAAGAGAAGCAUGAUUUGGAAUCUAAGGUCCAGUAUAUGCUAGAUGGUGAGAUUCCAGACUUAAUUCGACAAGUCCGUAGUAUGGACAACGAAGUCAGAGAUCUUAAAUCUAAGCUAGCUCGCAAGAGAGACGGCAGCGAAAACUACGAAUCGUACAUUACACCAACUGGUCCAAAUGGCAAAGUUACGGAGAGUGAUAAAAUUCGCGCAAAAGCCAAGGCUAUGAUGAUGGCUCGAAAGAUUGGUGGAGCUCCAUCUUCGUCUUCAUCCAUCGAUAUGAGAGAGCUUGAUCGGGAAAAGCAAGAAAACAGUGCUUUGCUGGAUUCCAUUGAACACGGCGUCAACGAUCAAAGAGCCGCAGCUCGCCUUGCAAGUGAUAACUCGAGCUUUGGAUCUUUCGCUUACAGCCAAGAUAGGAGACGAUUUGAACAAGGAGACGAUGUGUCUUAUGAACUAAAGCGCUUUAUUGAACAACUUGCUGAUGAGGUUCCUCUGCGUAAACCUUCUGUAUCGUCAUCAAGCUAUUCAGAUUCUUACAGCGCUGGUGAUGCUUAUUCGCGUAGCAACAAUGUGGCUUCAACAACUAGCCCUACACUGAAUACCUAUUCUUCACCGUCGUUGGCUGGUAGAUCGCCUACUGCAUCCCGUGCGAAGUCCCCAGCUGAAAUUAAGAAAGAGGCCGAGAGAAGGGUUCAAGAACGCCUUGCUGCUUUCCAGAAGUCUAGAUCACCUGUACCUGCUCCGGCGGCGCAACCUGUUCGCGAAGCGCCUAAACAGGAUAAUGCCGAGGAGCUUGCUGCACAACAGAGACUCCGCGAUGCUCAGCUAAAAGCCCAAGCUAGACUUCGGGAGAGAGAUGACAAGAAAGCCGAAGCUACACAAGUUGGCGCUGAUCAGCUAGCAGCCGAACAACGUGAACAAGAACGUCUUGUGGAAGAGAAAGAACGAGCUCGUGUUGCGGCGGCUGAGCAGUCGCGCUUGGAAGACGAGCGUAUUGCUGAAGAGCGUCGCAAGGAAGAGCAAGAGGCAGAAUUACGAAGAUCUAAUGCAUUGGAAGAGGAUAGAAAACGUAUUCAACGUAUGGAUGCCGAGGCAGAGGAGCAACGUAAAAUGGAAGAAAGAGAAGCGGAAGCGCUGGCCCAACGUGAAAUUGAAGAAGCAAACGAAAAGCAACGGCUUGUGGAACAGCAAGAAGCCGAGCGAGCAAGAAUCGAGAAAGAUCGUCAGGAAGCCGAAAUGAAAUUACAGGAAGCUACCAAAGAGGUUGUUACUCCGGUACCAGAGGUUGAAACGCCUUCAGCUACCUCUCACAACAAAAAUCCAUAUGCUAGCCAGAUCGCUGUUAGCCAACCAGAACCAGAAACCUCUGCUACCAAGAAGAGAGAAAGCUACAACCCAUUCCUGAUGGCUAAACCACCUCAAGAGAAGCCUGCCCCUGCGGCUAUCAAGGAAGCUGAGGAUAGCGAUAGCGAUUGGGAUGUUGUCGAUGAGAAUUCCAGUGACGAUGAGACAGAAUUCCCUGCCGCUGGAUCAGCAAAGAACCUUGCUAGUUUAUUGUUUAGUGCCAUGGGGUCAAAACCAAUGCCUACCAGUUCAACACCUAAAUCAGAUAACUCUGCUCCAUCUCCUUUGAUUCCUCAAGGCGCUUUGAGUUCACAACUUGCCUCACCUUCCAUUGCUACUUCGGUUACUAGCCCUGUAGCUCAGUCCACAAUACCGCCUCCACCUCCACCUCCACCGGCACCUGCAUCCGGUGGUGCAGCUGACAGCAUACCUCCUCCUCCUCCACCACCUCCCAUGCCAGGCUCUACACCUGGAAGUGAUGCAUUUGCUCCACCUCCACCUCCCCCACCACCACCACCACCACCGGCAUCAGGAGCGUCUAGUAUCGCAAUCCCUCCUCCACCGCCUGCACCUUCAGCAGUACCACCUCCUCCCAGCAUGCCAACCGCUCCAACCAAUCCCCAACUUCCGACACCAGAUGCUGGUAGAAACGCUUUAUUGAGUCAGAUUCAGUCGGGCACCAGACUCAAGAAAGCUAAAACCAAUGACCGUAGUAAAGCGGCUAUUGCUGGCCACGUUCAAGGCGAAGAGCCCAGUCCGGCUCCAGCGUCUUCUGCCCAAACCAGUCCUCCCGCGGCUCCGUCUCCAAUGGCUGGAGGUGGCGGAUUCAUGGCCGAACUUCAAGCUCGUACUGGCAAGAUGAAUGCAAAAUCUGCCCCCAAGCCAGCGGCUGUAGAGACCAUCGCUGCCCCUCAAUCGAGCCCUUCGAUGUCUCCUGCCAAGCUCAAGGCAUUAAGACGUGAAUCAACUGAAUGGUUCGGACAAAUGGCUUCACAGCAACUGCGACAGGAUCCCGUUUCUGCAUUUGAAAGUGUGACUGAAAGUCCAGCUGAAAAUGAUACCAACGCAGGGCAUGAAGCCAGCGGCAAUGAGGUGGACGAAAGAAUAAUCGACUAUGACUUAACGAAAGGUAUAACUUUAAGACUAGUUGCUUAACCCGACAGA